AUGAACGACGCGAUGAUGAAUGGUCGAGAACGCCCACGUCCUCCACCCCCCACCGAUCCUCGGCGCGGGGGCGACACCCGCAAUGGCUCCGGAGAUGGCGCCUUGAACAGAGCAGAGAAAUUCGAGGACGAGAAGAAGCGGAUUAUUCAAAGUUGUUACUCAAAAAAAGACGCUGAUGGAGCUUUGGUCGAGUCUUAUAUCACGCAUGUCCGAAUCACCGAAGAUGGAACGCAUCCUUCUUCCCCUUCCCCACCUAGCGCCGCACCGGAGAACAAGAAACCUCGUGUCAUAAUCGUUUCGGUACGGAGAUCAGGCAGAGUCCGAAUGCACAAGGCUCGCGAAAAUAGCGACGGCACGUUUUCAAUCGGUAAAACAUGGAUGCUUGACGACUUAUCUGCGAUCCAAUCCUAUGAAGCCUUGGUACCCAAAACACCCAUCGAGCAACAACAUAAGGAGUGGGCAUCAAAUGUUGGAUUCGUGGUGACCGUGGGAAAGCCCUACUACUGGCAUGCUCGCAGCGCCAAAGAAAAAGAGUUCUUUAUUGGCAGUUUGGUGAAGAUCUACAAAAAAUAUACGGGAGGCAAGAUACCCAAUCUGGUUGGGUUUGAAGAGAAGCAACGGCAAGCGCUCACAGGAGGAGCUACACCAGGACCAGCGGGUCCUUCCGCACCACCUUCACGAGGUGCCGGUCUGCCGCCUCCAGAGCUAGGAGCACCUCAAUCCGCACCCUCGUACGGAAGUCGUGAACCAAGUCGUGAUGGAGUUCAGGAACCAAGGCGAAAGCCAUCCGAAGACCCGAUGCUUCGGUCUCAAAGGAGCCGUGAACAAAUUUCCCGUCCGUCAACUGGAAAUAAGCCAGCUCCAUCUCCUUUCGGUCCCCCUUCUAACCCACCACCUGCCGUUCCCCCACAGCGAAAAGAGCCAGAAAACAGAGAGCCACCUGUGAAAUUUCCCUUGCAAGAUGAUUCCCGGCCAUCUUCGUCUCGUGGAGAAGGCCGUGCCCCGAAGACUCCAACAUCCGAACUUGCAGCCCAAUCCUCUGACACUCUGUCGCUGAAGACAAAACUAAGUGUAGAUGGACUGCGACCUAGUACCGCAGGAUCCUAUGCCAGCGAAACUCGAGGGAUACCCCCAAGCCCUGUCGGUGGCCCAGCACCUGGUCAGUACUUACCAUAUCGGCAACCCGAAAAGACACCGGCUCCGGCUUUUGAACCGCUGCCACAGCCUGUUCAGGAAAAGAUUGUAUCCGGGGAACCCCAGCCCGUAGCACCAGCCGAAGAACCUCCUGCCAAAGAUGAAACGCCUUCUUCGCCACUGGCUUUGGACCCUGCAGUCGCGGCAGCUGUGGUCCAGUUCUCUGAAUCACCCCAAGAUAAUGCACAAGAGCAGCAGCCUUCAACCCUUCUAGAGCCAACUGAAGAAGACAACGAGGCACAUCGCCCUGGCCUGGGUCCUAUGGUGAAAAAGAAGGGGCCUAAAGAGCUUGCAGGUGUUCUUCGGAAGGCAGCAACCGCGUAUGGAGCUUUCAAGCCGCGGCCUGGAGGCGCUGGUGAGCGUCUGUUGGCAGCAGCGAAGAAACAGCAAGCAGAACAGGAGGCGGAUGGUAUCACAGGUGUCUUCCCGGCCCCAUCCCUUACUAAGUCUGCAAGUGAGGCCCCCAGGAGUCCGGUAGAUGACGUGGUAGAGAGAGAGCUCACGGUGACGGCAUCGGCCCCUGAACUUCCGACUGUGACUACACCUACCGUUGAAAUCACGCAACCCGAAGUUGAGGUCGCGUCGGCUCCACCUGAUUCUGUUCUUCCGAUUCCCGAGAAGAGCCAAGAUUCACUCGUUGAUAUUGUCAAUGUUGAUGAACGUUCAAGAUCGCCAUCCCCAGCCGCCCGGGGUCGCCGCCGCAGACGGGAAGAUCAUACUGUCAAAUACUGUCAGGCUCUCGGGAUCGACCCAACCGUGCUCGAUGGGCGUGGAAUUGACUUUGAUGAUAUCUUGACUGAUCUUGGUUGGAAUGGCCGCCUCAACGACGAGCAGAAGAUUGAGGACCUGGAAGCAGAUGUUCGUCGCGAAAUUGGCCGUGUUGAAGCUACCAGCUGGCUUGGUAAUCUUGAACAGCAGGAAGGGAAGGUGGAGCAGCUGGCUGUCCUUAUUGACAGGACAAUUGAAGAGUGUGAAGAGCUGGAAGGUCUCCUGACCCUGUACUCGCACGAAUUGAACACCCUCCACGACGACGUGUCGUACAUCGAAGCUCAAUCACAAGGUCUGCAAGUACAAACGGCAAACCAGAAGCUUUUGCAAAACGAGCUCCAGAACCUUCUCAAGACACUAUCAAUCUCCACAUCUGAGCUUCGGCCGCUGAAGGAAGCCUCUUUAAGCAACCCCGAUGGAUUGAAGGAUACCGAAAACUCUCUUUCCAUACUCUACAAAGCGAUGCUCAUGAUCGAUGCUGAAAUUGGGCAGAACAGAAAGCGCCUUGUCGAUGCCAGCGUCGGAGUUUACGCUAACACAGAGAUCGGCCAAAUGCGUGCCAUUAAGGAGAAGAAGGAAGAGUAUCACACCGCCGCCGUGACAUUCUUGCAACAACGCCUCAAGCAGUUCAUGGCUGUGGCCUUGAAGACGGCGGAACAAAAACGUACAGAUGUGGUGGCUGCCACUACCACCGAUCCCAUGAAGUUGGACAGUGCCGCGCGACAGCACUUCCGAACUGAAGUGUGGAGAUACAAUCCCUUGAUGCUUUUCACCAAGGAAGUGAGCAUGACUGAAUGGCAUUCUCUCGUCAAUCUUUAUGAGCAACAAUCCAAACCAUCAUACCAAAGCGAAUUCCGUGAAAAUAAUGCGACAUGGAAGAAGACAGCUCGAAAGACCACCGGAGAAGAGCAAGAACUUCUCUUUACCCACCAAGAAAAAGAGAAAGAAGCCGAGGGCAUCACAAUGGCAGCUCGCAAACUUACUGUGCGACGAGGCAAGACCGUGCGAGCUGCGGCUGGCCUUCGAUUGGCAUCUGGUGAUAAAGCAGGGAAGAAGCAGGGCAGAGUUGAGCCAUGCGAAGCAUUUGCGGGGACACUGCGUGAAACACUUAAUACCAUCACCGACGAACAGAAUUUCGUGGUUGAAUUCUUCCACCUGAAUUCCUUGGCCAACGUUGAUUUCUCCGACUUGAUCGCUGCCGCUCAGCCAGAAGGCCGAUUAUGCCCCGACUUUUCAGCCAAGCAGUCGCAUGACCCGGAUCGUGAUAUGGCCAAGCGCGUCGAGCACAUCAUGGAUGAAAUUUACUCAUUCUGGCCGAAUGACAUGCAAAGCAUGGUGGACUGGGCCAUCAAUGCGGACCCACUGCAAGGCAUUGGUAUUAUCCUUGCUUUGGAAACGGCCAUGACUGAUCUUGAUGAUACAAACCAAGAAUUUAUAAUCCAUGCACUCCAGAAACUCCACUCUCGAUUGAUGGGACUCUACAAUCGAUUCGUGGAUGAACAGAUUCGAGCUAUUGAGGACACCAAAGUGAAGAUCAACAAGCGCAAGGGUGUAAUCUCCUUUAUGCGAGUUUUCCCCAACUUCUCCAAUGCUGUCGAGACCUUGCUCUCCCAUCCCGGCGGAGAAUUUUGCGACAUUCGUGUCAGUGUCAAUGAUGCCUAUGACCGCAUCAACCGGGCGAUGUGGGAGUCACUGAAAUUCAUUGCCAAAGAGGCCCCGGGCCAACCUCCUGGUGUGUCGGCCACUGCCGGAGACCCCGAGGACAAAGAAGUGCUGAAUUAUCACAUUCUGCUUAUUGAAAACAUGAACCACUAUGUCGAGGAGGUUGAUGUACACACCUUGCCGGUGCUCGAACGCUGGAUGAAUCGAGCGCACCAAGACUUUGACGAGCACAUGAAGCUUUAUUUGGACGCGGUGAUCCACCGACCCCUGGGCAAGCUGCUUGAUUUCAUCCAAUCCCUGGAGACCCUGCAGGCAGCCGGUAACAGCUCCGACAUUGCGACCCGGGCCAGUCACUCCCGCAUGGUUGCGAAGAAGGUUUUGUCUUCCUAUGACGCCAAGGAAGUCAAACGUGGCGUUGAAUUGCUCAAGAAGCGCGUAGAGAAACACUUUGGUGACGCGGAUGACCCUGGUCUCAGCCGUAGCCUGGUGCUGAAGGUGCUACGGGAAUGUGAGCAGCGUUAUGAGGAAGCAUACGAUCGGACCCGGCAGAUCAUUGAUACCAUUUAUGAAGGACAAUUGGACCUGGAAUGGCGUAAGGAGGAUGUGGUAGCCAUGUUCCGGAAAUGA